AGUAUUCCCUUCUUCAUUGCUUUUAUUGGGCUGGAGUUUGCUGUCAGCUGGGUUCAGAAGCGUAAGCUGUCAGGUCGGAUCAAUGACGGCAUAAGUUCUCUUUCUUUAGGCAUCCUGUCUCGGCUGCCAGAUGUUUUAUUCAGAAGUGUUGACUUAAUUAGUUAUAUCUACAUAUGGAAUAACUACAGACUCCUUGAACUGCCUUGGGACUCACCAUGGACAUGGUAUUUGACACUCCUGGGAGUGGAUUUUGUAUACUACUGCUUUCAUCGCAUAAGCCACGAGGUUAAUAUACUGUGGGCAGCGCACCAAGUACAUCAUAGUUCUGAAGAUUACAACUUAUUCACAGCCUUGAGACAAUCCAUACUGCAGAAAUACACCUCUUGGAUUUUCAACUUGCCCAUGGCUCUUUUCAUUCCCCCUUCAGUGUUUGCUGUUCAUCUACAGUUUAAUCUGCUUUACCAGUUUUGGAUACAUACAGAGGUUAUCACCAACCUUGGACCUCUGGAGUGGAUUCUUAAUACACCCAGUCAUCACAGAGUUCAUCAUGGUAGAAAUCCUUACUGCAUUGACAAGAAUUAUGGCGGCACACUCAUUAUCUGGGAUAGGAUAUUUGGAACAUUUGAGGCAGAAGAUGCAAAAGUUGUAUACGGCUUAACACAUCCAGUAAAUUCAUUUGAUCCCAUCAUGCUCCAGUUACGUCCCUUGGCUCAUAUUUGGAACACAUUUUGGGCCACACCUGGAUUCUGCAAUAAGCUUUCUGUCAUAUUCAAAGGGCCAGGCUGGGGACCAGGCAAACCUAGACUUGGCCUUCCUGAGGAAAUCCCAGUGAUCACUGGAAAAGAAGUUCCCUUCAAUCCAAGUGUACCAGCUUAUCUUAAUUGCUAUGCAGUUGUACACUUUGCUGUAAUAAUGGACUUGUAUACUGAACUUCUUGGCACUGUGACU